GGGCAUUACCCCCCUCUCCCCCCUCAUUAAAAAAGAAGGAAACACUCUCCCACAGCUUCUCUUCCGGCCCUCAAAAGAAAGAAACCCCGAGAGCGAGAGAGUGUCCCAGCUCCCCUCUCCCUGGUGCUCCCAUCGGAUGAUACAUUGUUAAAGCCACGGAAUUUCCCCUAAUUCCCCACCAAACCCUCCCUCUCUCUUCCUCGAUCCUGCCUCGCUUUUUUUUUCUUUUAAUCUCUUCUUUGCUUCGGAGAGCUCGCCGAUCCACCGAUCGGAACCCUAACCCUCGCGUCCCAGGCGAUGUCGCCCGCCUCCGACCCGUCCGCAUCCAAUCCCGUCUCCCCCCACCCCGCCCGUGGCGGCGCCGGGGGCCUAUCCUCCCCCUGGGCCCGAGUCGUCCGCGGCGAGCCUGAGGCCGUCCCGGCCGCCCCCUCGUCGACGCCGCCGCCGGCCCCGAUCUCUUCCACGGAACCCUACGAUCGCUCCCCUUCCCCCGUGGAGAACGUGGCCUCGUCGUCCGCCGCGGUGGUGGCGGUGGCGGCGGCGCCGCCAUCCGAGAGCCCGGACCACGGGAGCAACGGCAAUGCCGCAGUCGCCGCCCCCCGAGGGAAGAAGCUGGCUUGGAAUAUGCCGGCUAAUGGAUCCAAUGAAGCAGGCCCCGUCAUGGGGGCCGACUCCUGGCCUCCUCUCUCCGAGUCUACCAGGGUUUCUCCUAAAUCAUCGUCUUCAGAUUCUUUGAAGGCCCUCUCUGAUGGAUCGUUCUCUGCUCCCCCGGGGUCUCCGAUCACAUCGCCUUUGCAGAAGCCAAGUUCCAAUCAUCCGAACCCUAAUUCUACUCCAAACCAUGCGGGUCCUGUCCGCCAGAAAUCCAAUCCGAAUCCUAAUUCCGUGAGGCGUGCUGGUGGGGGCGGCGGCGGCAGUAGCAGUGGUUCAUCAGCCAAUGGUGGACCGCCGCCGCCUUUAUCACCACCGGCUUCGCCGGAGGCAUCUCAGAUCAUCCCUGAUAAACAGUCUGGCUCAGAGCCUUCCCCCAAGGACCAUCCCAACAAGAGCAAUAGCAACUGGGAUCAUGGCUGGAGUAGCGGCGGGUUAACGCCACAGUCACAUGGUGCAGGGGAUCGCCAUCGUGGCUAUGGCAUAAGCCGCAGGGCCAGCAGCGGUGGAGGUGGAUCCCACCAUGGAGGCUACGGUAGUCGGAGGGAUCACGAGCGGGGGGCCUAUGUUUGGAAUCCUCCUCGAGGUUUUAGUGGGAGAGAUGCUCACAUGCCCCUGCCGCCACCGCAGCAACGGGCUCAUCCCCGGCAUUUCCCCAGGCCACCUUCACCUGCUUCGGCACAAUUUAUUAGCCCUAUGCAGGUCCGGCCUUUUAUGAGCCCCAUAGGAUUUGUCGAUUUUCCUCCUAUGUAUUACGUCCCCGCCCUCCCACCAAACAUGCUUGUUGCUCAUCAAGUACCAUCUGCAAUACCUCCUACGAUGCUUGCUCCAGUAGAUUAUCUGCGUACUAUGUUAUUGAAGCAGAUAGAAUACUAUUUCAGUUCUGAUAACUUGUGUAAAGACAUAUAUUUAAGGCAGAAAAUGGAUGACCAGGGUUGGGUUCCGAUCUCUUUAAUUGCUGGCUUCAAUCGAGUCAAGCAAUUGACAAACGACAUACAAUAUAUAUUGGAUACUGUACGAGGUUCAGACAUGGUGGAAGUACAGGGUAAGAAAAUAAGGCGGCGUAAUGAUUGGAUGAAUUGGAUAUUGCGAGCACCACCCAAUCAAUACAGUACUUCUUCUGGAUCUUCCUCCCCUGCAACACCAAAAUAUGAUUCUCUGGCAGCUCGUAUGCAUGAUGUUGGACUCGGGGAGGGGGCUGCUAACCAUGACAGUAUGAGGGGCCAAACUCAUACUGAGGUAGUUCUUAGUAGAUCACCAUCUGGGAAUCUGAAUAACCAGUCACAGGUUGGAGAACCUGAUGGGGAGGAGAAUGUGCUACUAGCAACAGAGAAUCAGACCGAUCUUAAGUCUAUGCGAAGCUAAGAAGCCACAUUACAUGGCCAUUUUCGUGUCGUGGGGGAGUUUGUGGGAAAUUGUUGCUAAUGAGGGAUUAGCGAGUGACACUCGGGGUCCUUUAAAAAGUGAGGUCUUUGCCUUGCUUGGCUUGGAAUGCUAGUCUCGCUAAGAGGAUAGCUAAUAAAAAGCAAAAAAAGGGGAAAAAUAAAAAUAAAAAUAAAAAACAAAUUAAAGGACAAAUGAAACGGCAUAACUAGAUAGAGAAUCCAUCGACUUGUAUAGUUUGGUUUGGUUUGGGUGAAUGGUGACUUUUGAUGGUGAUAUUAUUGGUAUGCUUGGUCCUUUGGGGUGUUCUUGAACAAUCCCAGCAUUUUUGGUCACAUACAAACAUUUUUUGAGAACCGAAUUGAGCUGUUCUCGUGUUUCAAAAUCCGGAUUUAGAGGGAUGGAGAUAGUAUACAUUCUUAGAUGCUCCCCCUCAAGAGACUUAUAUCACAACCAAAUACGUUUUCUUCAACUGAAGAUUAUCACUCCGCAAAAUUCCCUGAUUGUUUGCAUAAAUAAUUUGACGAGCUGGGCCCUGACAGUUUUUUAGUUUAUAUAUGGUCUGAAUUGUUUGAUUCAUUAAGUUCGUUGGCGGGACAUGUACAAUCACGAAGCAUAAUGUGGAUGCCUGAAUUCAUAUGAUUUCAAGAUCGUUAUUGAUAUUUUGUUGAAACUGGUUGUGCAGUAUUUAGGUAGUGAAUUUUACUUCACUUCCAAAUUGAAUUUUAGUUCGCUUGGAUA